AUGACUGACGACAACAAUAAUAAACCAAAUAGUGGGAAAAAGGUUAUGAAGGAACAAGUAAUGGUUUUAAAGAAUAAUGGGCCCAUGAAGAACACUCUCAAUGCAUCUAUGCAAAAGGAUGUCCAAAUACAUGGCAUAGGGAAUACUGCCAAGUCCAUGGUUUAUACGCAUCAGGUGCAGGGACACAGGAAUAAAUCAAAUGUUGCUAAUGCCGAAGAUAUUCCACCUGAUAAAAACAUCAUUGGGUCUAGAACAUCAACAAUUAAUGGGUCUAUUCUAAACCAUGAAAUUCCUUGUGCUAUGAUACUUGGUGAGGAAAAGCAUACACCCCCAUACAAGGAUAACGGUAUCCUUAGUUGGAAUAUUAGAGGUGCAGUUAGUUCUGAAGGGAAACGACAAGCUCAUGUCCUUAUUCGUCGUUAUAACCCGAUGUUAAUAGUUCUUAUGGAAACCCACUGCCAAUUUGCUAGAGUUGCUAAUUUCUGGCAAGGCUUGGGGUAUGUGAAAUGUGCCAUCUCUGAGGCAACGAGGCAUGCUGGAGGAGUUUAUGCUAGUCCUCGAAUUACCAACAGAGAUAAUCUUUGGGGAAUUACCAACAGGAGAAGUCAAUAUACAUGGUAUAGAAAGGAAGGUGGUCUUCACAAAAUUGCUAAACGACUUGAUAGAGCUUUAGGGGAUUCUGAUUGGCGUAGAUUAUUUCCCGAAGCUUAUGUGGAGAACUUGGUUAGGUGUUACUUUGAUCAGAGACCAUUAUUGUUGAGAAGCAGAGGUUUUGUUCCAAAUAGACAAGCCCGUCCAUUCUGUUUUCAAGCCGCAUGGCUUACUCAUGAAGAUUUUGACAACGUCGUUAAGACAGCCUGGGAUCGUAAUCAUGCUGAUAUAACAACCGGCCUCGACGAGGUUCGUAAAGAAGCUUUGGUGUUUAAUGAUGAAGUAUUUGGUAAUAUCUUCAGAAGAAAAAAGGACCUUGAGUUUCAGAUUUGUAAAAUUCAGAAACGACUGGAAGUAGUAGAUUCUGUUUGGCUUAACCUUCGAGAACGUGAGCUCCAAAAACAAUAUAGAGAAGUUCUCCAACAAGAGGAGCUUCUUUGGUUCCAAAAGUCUAGAGAGAAGUGGGUGAAAUUUGGAGAUAGGAAUACUAAGUUCUUGGUUUAUUAG